AAGGCCCAAAGCGAGAACAAGACUUGGAGAUAAAGCCUUCAAGAAACCCUAGUCGGCAAACCCGACCUCUUAUCAACCUUGUUGCCUUCACUCCUCUCAGCGCCCAACUCACUCUUCUGAAUCCUGAUCGUGCUUCUUCCCCACGAACCUCACCAGGUUCAGAUCUUAGCGUAAGAGUGCGCUGCGCAUCUUAACUUGGAGCCAUGUCGCUGAUUUUGCAUGCAGGGAAAUCAAACAAAAAUGCCUACAAGGCACUCAUUGCAGCAGAGUAUGCUGGUGUGCAAGUUGAGUUGGCCCCAAAUUUCGAGAUGGGUGUUUCUAACAAGACUCCCGAAUUUCUCAAAAUGAAUCCUAUUGGAAAGGUCCCAGUGUUGGAAACCCCAGAUGGCCCUGUAUUUGAGAGCAAUGCUAUUGCUCGUUAUGUUGCUCGAUCAAAGGAUGACAACACUUUGUAUGGGUCUUCUUUGAUUGAAUAUGCUCAAAUUGAACAAUGGAUUGAUUUUGCAUCUAUGGAAAUUGAUGCUAAUAUCGCCAAGUGGUACUAUCCAAGAGCUGGAUAUGCACCAUUCCUUCCUCCAGCUGAGGAAUUUGCAAUUACUUCACUGAAGAGAGCUUUGAGUGCUUUGAACAGCCACCUUGCCACCAAUACUUAUCUAGUUGGGCAUUCUGUGACCCUGGCUGACAUAAUAUUGACAUGCAAUUUGUAUCUUGGUUUUGCCUAUAUCCUAGUCAAGAGCUUCACAUCUGAGUUUCCUCAUGUUGAGAGAUACUUUUGGACCUUGGUCAAUCAGCCAAACUUCCGAAAGAUUGUUGGUCAGGUCAAGCAGGCUGAAGCUGUACCAGCUGUUCAAUCUGCUAAGAAGCCUUCCCAGCCAAAGGAAUCUAAGCCCAAGGCAAAGAGUGAGCCUAAGGCAGUGGCCAAGAAAGAGCCAGAGCCCAAAGAAGAAGAAGAGGAGGUAGCCCCCAAGCCCAAAGCCAAGAAUCCCCUUGAUCUUCUUCCUCCAAGUAAGAUGGUUCUGGAUGAGUGGAAAAGGCUCUACUCCAACACUAAAACCAACUUCCGUGAGGUCGCAAUCAAAGGAUUUUGGGACAUGUAUGAUCCCGAGGGAUACUCUCUGUGGUUCUGUGAUUACAAAUACAACAGUGAGAACACUGUUUCCUUUGUGACAUUGAACAAGGUUGGUGGAUUUCUUCAGCGAAUGGAUUUGGCCCGCAAGUAUGCAUUUGGAAAGAUGCUUGUGAUUGGAUCAGAGCCUCCAUUUAAGGUGAAGGGCUUGUGGCUUUUCCGUGGCCAAGAAGUCCCUCAAUUUGUCAUUGAUGAGUGCUAUGACAUGGAGCUUUAUGAGUGGACAAAGGUUGACAUCAAUGAUGAAGCUCAAAAGGAGCGUGUCAAUCAGAUGAUUGAAGAUUAUGAACCUUUUGAGGGCGAGUCUCUUUUGGAUGCCAAGUGCUUCAAGUGAAAAGCUAUUACUUGGAAGGGUAUGCUUUUUACCCUUUUGAGGGUAUGCUUUUAUAACUGGACAAGUUGUCUUCGUUUUUGGUAGGAUCUGGUUUCUUUCCUGAGCGACAUUCAAACUUUUAAGUAUUUGAUAUUCUACCUUAAUUUUUAUUAUAUCUGAGACUUUAUACAAGUACUCUAUUUUGUGUUGGAUGUCGGCUUGUGUGAAAAUACAAUGAUUUUGUUUUUGUU